CCAGGUGUAGGUGAAGUGGUAGAGCCUCAGGGGUAAUAGACGCUGUGCUCGCAUGCUGAAGUUUGUGCUCUGUCCUGACCGGCUCUCCUGCUGCACUGAGACCGGCUGCUCCUUGCACAGUUACAAAAUCAACACGCUUCUUGCUGUUCACGUUUGUGCCUAGUCCAGAGGGCAACCUGGAGCUAGGUAUGAGCCGCACAUCAGCCCUCUGACUCCUGCUCAAGGACAAAGGACCGCAGAUGCAGCUAUUUUAAAGCACAACCCAUGGGACAGCCUGUAAGGUGACAAAGGGAAGAACUCAUCCAAGACAGCCUUCUCUUCUGCAGGAACUUAAAAUGUCUGGGUCCUUAAAAUAACAAGUGAACUGAAGAAUGUGUCUUGGACAGUAAAAACUGGAAGGAGUUUCCAGAUUGUUUGAACUUCUCUGGCCGCACAAUACAGGAAGGAAGGCUGCAGCAGCUCAGGGACCUCCAGCGUCUGCAGCAUGGGCUGGUUCACUGGGAUUGCCUGUCUUUUCUGGGGUGUAUUACUUACAGCGAGAGAAAACUAUGCAAACGGAAAGAACAAUGUGCCAAGACUGAAAUUAUCGUACAAAGAAAUGUUGGAAUCCAACAAUGUCAUCACCUUCAAUGGCUUGGCCAACAGCUCCAGUUAUCACACUUUCCUUCUGGAUGAGGAACGGAGUAGGCUGUAUGUUGGAGCAAAGGAUCAUAUAUUUUCAUUCAACUUGGUGAAUAUUAAAGAUUUUCAAAAGAUUGUGUGGCCAGUGUCUUAUACCAGAAGAGAUGAGUGCAAAUGGGCAGGAAAAGAUAUCCAGAAAGAAUGUGCUAAUUUCAUCAAGGUCCUUAAGGCUUAUAAUCAGACUCACUUAUACGCCUGUGGAACUGGGGCUUUUCACCCAAUUUGCACCUAUAUUGAAGUUGGGCAUCAUCCUGAGGACAACAUUUUUAAACUGCAGGACUCACAUUUUGAAAAUGGUCGUGGGAAGAGUCCUUAUGACCCCAAACUACUGACAGCCUCUCUUCUAAUAGAUGGCGAGUUGUACUCUGGAACUGCCGCGGAUUUCAUGGGACGAGACUUUGCUAUCUUCAGAACACUCGGGCACCAUCAUCCCAUCCGGACGGAGCAGCACGACUCCCGGUGGCUCAACGAUCCUAGAUUCAUCAGUGCUCAUCUCAUCCCAGAGAGUGACAACCCUGAAGAUGACAAAGUAUAUUUUUUCUUCCGAGAAAACGCAAUAGAUGGAGAGCAUUCUGGAAAAGCAACACAUGCUAGGAUAGGUCAGAUAUGCAAGAAUGACUUUGGAGGACACAGAAGUCUAGUAAAUAAAUGGACAACAUUUCUGAAAGCACGCCUGAUUUGUUCUGUGCCAGGUCCAAACGGCAUUGACACCCAUUUCGAUGAACUGCAGGAUGUAUUCCUAAUGAACUCUAAAGAUCCUAAAAAUCCGAUUGUCUAUGGAGUGUUUACAACAUCAAGCAACAUCUUCAAGGGGUCUGCUGUGUGUAUGUACAGCAUGAGUGAUGUAAGAAGGGUGUUCCUUGGUCCAUAUGCUCACAGAGAUGGUCCCAACUAUCAGUGGGUCCCUUAUCAAGGAAGAGUCCCUUACCCACGACCAGGAACUUGUCCCAGUAAAACCUUUGGUGGAUUUGACUCUACAAAGGACCUUCCUGAUGAUGUCAUAACGUUUGCACGAAGUCACCCAGCCAUGUACAACCCAGUGUUCCCUAUUAAUAACCGCCCAAUAAUGAUCAAAACAGAUGUGAAUUAUCAGUUCACACAAAUUGUUGUAGACCGAGUGGAUGCAGAAGAUGGCCAGUAUGAUGUCAUGUUCAUUGGAACAGAUGUUGGAACUGUUCUUAAGGUGGUUUCAGUCCCCAAGGAGACUUGGCAUGAUUUAGAAGAGGUUCUUCUGGAAGAAAUGACAGUUUUCCGGGAACCGACAACUAUUUCAGCAAUGGAGCUCUCUACUAAACAGCAACAACUGUACAUUGGUUCAGCUGCUGGGGUCACACAGCUUCCGCUGCAUCGCUGUGACAUUUAUGGGAAAGCCUGUGCAGAAUGCUGCCUUGCCCGGGACCCUUACUGUGCCUGGGAUGGGUCAUCAUGCUCACGCUACUUUCCUACUGCCAAGAGACGCACACGACGACAAGAUAUAAGAAAUGGAGACCCACUGACUCACUGUUCAGACUUACAACACCAUGAUAAUCACCAUGGGCACAGCCUUGAAGAGAGAAUCAUCUACGGAGUAGAAAAUAGUAGCACUUUCUUGGAAUGCAGUCCAAAGUCUCAGAGAGCAUUGGUGUAUUGGCAGUUUCAGAGGCGAAAUGAAGAUCGAAAAGAGGAGAUCAGAGUGGGUGAUCAUAUCAUCAGGACAGAACAAGGGCUCCUGCUUCGAAGUCUGCAGAAGAAGGAUUCAGGCAAUUACCUGUGUCAUGCUGUAGAGCACGGAUUCAUGCAAACUCUUCUUAAGGUGACCCUGGAAGUCAUCGACACAGACCAUUUGGAAGAACUCCUUCAUAAAGAUGACGAUGGAGAUGGCUCUAAGACCAAAGAAACGUCGAGCAGCAUGACGCCUAGCCAGAAGGUCUGGUAUAGAGACUUCAUGCAGCUCAUCAACCACCCCAACCUCAAUACAAUGGAUGAAUUCUGUGAGCAAGUGUGGAAAAGGGACCGAAAGCAACGCCGACAGAGGCCGGGCCACUCUCAAGGGAACAGCAACAAAUGGAAGCAUAUGCAGGAGAGCAAGAAAGGUAGAAACAGGAGGACCCACGAAUUUGAGAGGGCACCCAGAAGUGUUUGACCUGCGCCACCUCCCAAAACCCCAGACAAGAACAAACUUGCUUAGAUAAUAACUGGAAAAAAAUGCAAUACACAUGAACAUUUUCAUGGCAUUAUGUGGAUGUUUACAAUGGUGGGAAAUUCAACCAGGUUCCACCACUCUAAAUGAAGUCCAUGAGGACCCUUCCCAGAAGGCUUUCUUCAGUUUCAACACCUGACAGAGAUCACAGGUGAGCGCAGAUGUUCACAACAGCUG